AACUUGUGUGACCAUACUCAUCUUUUUGAAUCUGUAGUCCAGCUAGCAGCUAACCAGCUAGUGACGCGGAGCUAGCUUUGAGUCGUCAGAAUGUGUAUCAACAUGGAGUCGGGUCGCUGUUAACGCAGCGGUGCGAGCGGGACCAUGUAGCAGCAGCGAAGUUAUGUCAACUCGUCGCGACUUAGUUCGGUUACUAUGAGCUCUCUAUCAGCCCAGCUUCCGGCUUCCAGCUCAUCAUGCAGGACUCUACCAGGAGAUGGAAAUCAGGUGCAACCAAAACCUCCUCUCCUGCAGAUUCUGCGUGUGGCCGGAGCCCAGGAGGAAGUCUUUACUCUCAAAGAGGUGAUGCACUACCUGGGUCAGUACAUCAUGGGGAGGCAACUGUACGACAAACAGAGGCAACACAUAGUCCACUGCCAGGAUGACCCGCUGGGAGAGCUGCUGGAAGUGGACAGCUUCUCUGUGAAAAACCCCAGCCCGGUGUAUGAAAUGCUCAAGAAAUACUUGGUAGUGCUUGGUUCAUCUGACGCUGCAGAGAAUCUUUCUGUGGGCCGUGAGUGUGUAGAAGGCGGAGUGGAAGAUCGCGGUCAGAUUUGUGGAAGUGUGGUUAAGGCAGGACUGGAGGCCUGCCGUGAUCUGCCUCUCCUGCAGACUCCUUCCCAGAGACGACCGCGUGAGCCAGACGAUGACUCCCUUGAAGGCUUGCCACGGUCCGCCUGCAAACGCCCCAAACUGGAUGUUACUCUGGACGACUGGGAUCUCUCUGGCUUGCCCUGGUGGUUUCUUGGUAAUCUUCGUAGUAACUACAGUCGGAGGAGCAAUGGCUCCACUGACAUCCACACAAACCAACUGUCUCCUGCACAGGAGGAAGACACAGCCAUCGUGUCGGACACCACAGACGACCUCUGGUUCCUCACUGAGGGCGGAAGUGAACAGGUGAGCGUGGAGAUGAAAGAGGCUGUGCUGGAGGAAGGGAGCGGAGGAGAUGGGGAGGCCCCUCCCGAGGAUGAUGAUGGAGGAGGGAAAGAGGAGAAGGGGGAUGGAGAGAUGCAGGAGGAGCCAGAUGAAGACUCCCAGUGUUUGAGUGAUGACACCGACACAGAGAUUUCCACCCAGGAUGCUUGGCAGUGCUCUGAGUGCAGGAAGUACAACACACCUCUACAGAGGUACUGUGUUCGCUGCUGGGCCCUGCGUAAGAACUGGUACAAAGAUGUCCCUCGACUUGCCCAUUCCCUCUCUGUCCCCGACAUCCCAGCAUGCAGCUCCCUCACCACCCACGAUGAUGAUGAUGACAGCGACACAGGCAUUGAUGUCCCAGACUGCAGCAGGACAGUGUCUGACCCCGUCAUUCUGCCCUCUCACUCCACGGUGGAUCGGCCACUGCCCACUAUGGCCAUGGGGAAAGGCAAGGGGCCUCUGCCUUCUGGCUUCCACAAGGAUGAGCUGCUGUCAGGAGGGGAGAGUCAGGAAAACCUGGGCAUGGAGGUGGAGGAGGUCAGGCCGGAAGCACUGUUGGAGCCGUGCAAGCUCUGUCGAGUGCGACCACGCAAUGGAAAUAUUAUUCACGGACGUACGGCUCACCUGCUAACCUGCUUCCCGUGUGCAAGGAGGCUACAUAAGUUCCAGGCUCCUUGUCCCGGGUGUGGGCAGAACAUUCAAAAAGUUAUCAAGAUAUUCAUCCUCUAAAACACACACACACACACAAGUUAAACAGAAAAAUUCCAUCACACAUUAUCAAACACAUCUGGCCGUACAGGUGCAUGCACUCACAAACUUCUUUUAGACACACAAGGAAUUUGCACCGUAGGCCUACACAGAUAUACACAGAGAUAGCACUUGGUGGAGCUUGUUCUUGGCUGCAUGGUUUAUUUCACGCCAUGCUGCCUCUGAAGUAUUGUUAAAAGAAAUCUUUGACGUCAGAGUUUGUCACACCAAAUCCUUGUUUUGGUGCCACAUUUAAAUAAGGGACAUGCAAAGGCAGAAAUAUUUAUUUAUUUAUUAGAUCACAGAAAUGCACAGCUUGUGUGAAUCCUUAUUUUACUUCAUGAAGGCUUGACUAUGUGAAAUGUUCUCAUUGCAUUCCCUGAAUGGUGCCAUUUUAAAAACUAGCAUUGCUUGCCUUCCUUCUGUUAGUUUCUCCAUAGAUUCACUUCAAUAAUCACCCGGACAAAACUCAGCAGGUAUGUAACAACGGAAUUUUUUUACUUCAAAUAUUCUCAUGGUUUUCUUUGUAGAUAUUCUCACGCUGAGAUUCGAAAUAUGAAGAUGAGACUGAAGUAAGAUCAAUCUGGCAAAUCGAAAUACAAAACAUGAUUUUGUUUUCAACUGUUGCAUCUCCAUGGAAAUAUACUGAAACGGCUUUUUUUUUUUUGAACAUUCUCAACAAAAAAUGAAUGUCAUGUAAAAUACAAAUGUGAUUGUUAAAGUCCUGUUUCUCAACAUAGUAUUUUAAAAUGCAUAAUUGAAUUUAACCUGGUUGAGAAUGCACAGCUAAGUAUUUACAUUAGUUUUCUCACAGGGUAUUAAUUGAUGGUAAAUAUGUAUUCAAUGUGUAAAAUUGCCAAGCCUCGAAUGACAGUUAUACCUGCAGUAAUUAAUGUCAUAUUAUAUACGGUAAAUGUCUAAGUGGUAUCAGUCAGAAAAGUGUCACUUAACUGCCCUUUUCCUGAGCUUAAAAUGAAUCAACGAUUCCUGUAUAUUUUGUAUUUAAUUUAUUUAUGAUCCUGUUUUGUUUAGAUUGCCACAAAUAAUGAAGCAGAAAAGUGCUGCACUCGUUACACAGUUCUGAUGUGAGUCCGUAAGGAAAGUUACCAAAUGUAUCCUGUGUGAAAUAAACUGUGCAGCACUUAUUAGAGGAGCAUGAGGGUUUGAUUUAAGCGUUACACUGCCAAUAACUUUUAACUAUAAUUUGUAUAUAAUAGAUUUUAUUUUAAUGGAUUCGCAUUAUUUGAAGAUGGUAGAUGCUAUUUACUUUGGGUGCACGUGUGAGCUUAUAUGCUCUUCAGCUUUCACAAGUAAGAUGUUAAGACACAUUCAACUCUCGGCACUGCCUGACAGAGGAAAUACCAUUGAUCUUUGUUCUGCUCUUAACUUGUACUUAAUCUUUCUGCCAGCAGGUGGGGAGAGACUCAAUAUUGUAUAGGGUGCACACUGAAGCUUUAUAUUACCAGCAGAAACAUGUAAUGCAUAUAUAGAGCAUGCCUCCUGUCGUAACCAGCCCCGGCAUUGAGCUGGUGUGACAGCUAUAUCGGCUAUAUAAAAGCUAUAUAAAAUUGAA